AGAAAAGUAAAUUCUAACGAUGAUACUGAUAUCAAAUACAAGUGCAAGACAUUACUAUUUGCUGAGAUCUCUUAUCUGAAUUAUCGCUACUUAAAACUGAAAUCCACGAACAUAGAUCAACAGUGUUCAACAUUCCGUCACAAUAGCUCCAGCCAUGGAGCGUCUACUGAUUCUUUUCCUUUUCAUCGGUGUUGCAUUCUGUGACCCAAGUUACAGAUUGAGCACACCAAUAAAGCCAUCUGCAUACAAUAUUAGAAUAUCGCCAAUCUUCGAUAGCCCAGAACCUGUUGCCUUCGAUGGUGAAGUUACUAUUAUCUUCAGAACUGACACGCCAAUAAAUCAGAUCCAGCUGCACUCUUCAGAUCUUAAUUUCACGACUACCGAUAUAACGCUGACUCCAUCUAUAGCCAUCACGUCUCUGAGCUUUAAUGAGACCUUACAAUUCGCUUUUAUAAAUCUAGCAAGUGAUUUACAAGCGAACAUUGAUUAUUCCUUGACAAUCGUAUACAGGGGGCCUGUCAGGACAGAUCUGUAUGGUUUCUACGGUGGCAUUUAUACGGAGAAUGGCCAGAGAAAAUGGGUGGGCGCAACACAAAUGGAGCCGACACACGCAAGGCAGACAUUCCCGUGCUUCGACGAGCCUCAAUUAAAAGCUACCUUCACUAUAGCAUUAGAUAGACCGGCAAAUUACACAACUGUAUCGAAUAUGAAGAGGGAAAGUACAACUGAUCUGCCAAAUGGUUAUCAAAGAGACUUGUAUUACCCAACACCGAUCAUGUCUACAUAUCUAGUAGCAUUUGCAGUGUCACAAUUCGUUCUCGCAAAUCAAUCACCCAAUCCUAGUCGAUCUGUCGGUAUUUAUGUAAGACCAGACGCCGCCAAUCAAACUGAUUUUACAUACGAGUUUGCCGUAAAAGUUGUUGAUAGGCUGGGUGAAUAUUUCAAUGUAGAUUACUUCGCAACAAAUCCAAAUCUGAAAUUGGAUCAUAUAGGCUUACCUGAUUUCAAUGCUGGGGCAAUGGAGAACUGGGGUUUAGUAACAUACAGAGAAUCUCUAGUCCUUUAUAUACCUGAAGAUUCGUCAGCUUAUUACAAAUACAGAGUGGCACAAAUUGUUGCCCAUGAAACCACUCAUAUGUGGUUUGGAAACCUUGUCACUUGCCACUGGUGGAGCGAUGCCUGGCUUAAUGAAGGAUUUGCCAAUUAUUUCCAGGACUACAUUACUUCUUUGAUAGAGCCAGAAAUAAGAUCAGACAACAUACUUGUAACCGGCUCAGUGUACAGUGCAUACAACGCUGAUGAAUCCCCGUCCGCUACACCCAUCUCCAACCCAAACGUGUACACGCCAUCACAGAUCAGCGGUAACUUCGGUACCAUUACAUAUCAGAAAGGUGGUUCUGUUAUUCGUAUGAUGCAUCACCUGAUCGGCGACGAGGCAUUUAGGGCGGGACUGAAUAGUUAUUUAACGAAUUCGAGACUAAGCUCCGGUUACCCAGAGCAAUUGUAUGCGGGUUUGAAUACUGGAGUACAGACGUACGACUCUUUGGCUGCGUACCCUGGCUUCAACAUUAGCGGCGUCAUGGGUUCGUGGAUUAGUCAGCCAGGCCAUCCUGUUUUGGAAGUGAACGUUGAUUAUGCAAACAAAACCGCUACCUUAACUCAGAGGCGCUUCUACUCGAACUCAAGUCAUCAGUCAGAUGAAAUAUACCAAAUCCCUAUAACUUACACGAUCAGUGAUUCGAUAGAUUUCACAAAUACUAAACCAGCUUUCAUAUUGGGUGAUAGAAGUAUCCAAAUUGAUUUAAACAUAACAGAAAACUCUUGGGUUUUGUUCAAUAUCCAAGAAACAGGUUUAUACCGAGUUAAUUACGACGACGCGUCAUGGAAUAGAAUUGCAAAUGCAUUGAAAGGCGAAGAUAGACUCAAAAUCCAUAAUCUAAAUAGAGCUAAGAUCGUCAAUGAUUUGUUCGCAUUCUAUUUUGCUGAUGAGAUACCGUUUGAAAGGUUGUAUAGCGUUAUAGAAUAUCUCGCAUUGGAGGAUGAUUACUCAGUGUGGUUGGCAGCUCUUAGUGGUUUAAAGAAGCUGAGAAGUCGCUACUUGGGAUCUGAUGUGUUGGGCGAUCUUGAGAGAACUGCAUUACAGUUGGCUCGUCAUGCAAUUAAUGAAUUAGGUUACCAUCCGAGGGAGACUGACGAUUUUGAAUCGCUUAGAAAUCGCUUGGAAUUAUUGGAAUUCGCUUGCGAUGUCGGCGAUGCCGAGUGCAUACAGCACACUGUGGCUCUAUUCAGAGGUUUGGUCGACAAUAACGUAGAGGUACCAGCCAGUAUUAGAUCAGUGGUAUACUGUAACGGACUCCGCCAAGGUGUCGCUGGAGAUUAUGAUUACCUUUGGAAUCGAAUGCUCACCACAAACGUGGCGAAUGAGGAACGGACCAUCUUAGAUGUACUUGGGUGUACAUCAAACAAAGAAAAAAUUGUAAGUAAUAUUUUCAGCUAUCUCACAUCAGUGCUUGAAGAAGACAGAAAGAUUAAAACUCAAGAUCUUUCAACUCCUCUAUCGAGUGUACUGAGGACGUACAGUAAUUUAGAGACUGUUUUAGAAGCGUUCAGUUGUUCCGAAUGGAGACCGGGAUACAGCUUGCUCAAUUCUGUUAUAUCCACUAUUGCAAACGCUUUGCGUACUGACAGCGACUUCGAGAAGUUCGAAGAGCGGCUACAGAGUACAGGCUGUCAGGAAAGCGAGAUAAACAGUGGGCGGAAUGCUGUGAACAGUAUAAAAACAACAUUGGAAUGGGCUGAUGACCACAAGAACGAGAUUUUGGCACAAUUAAGAAACAAAGGAAUUACUACGUUGCCAUCUUACAUUUUGCUUAUUGCUAUUUCAGCUCUGGCAACACUUUUUGUCUAAGUCAAAGUACUAAUAUGGAAAAAUUACUAAAUACCUAUUUGUAAUAUAUAUAAUACAUUAAAUGUAUUAUUUUGGAAUCCUAAAAUAUGAUAACUUUACCAGAAUGCCAGUUUAUGAUUAUUAUAUUUAUUUUUAUUAACAUUUUAUUUUUUAAUCGUAAAAUAAUGUUAAUUCUUUACUUACUUUAAUAAUUAAAAAUAUAUUGUAAAUAAAUUAAAAUAUUUUAUUUGUAUAAAUGUAAAUUAAGCAAAUAUCUAUUACACUAUAUUUAUUUUUAUAUAUGUUAUAUAUGCAUAUUUUAUCUUUGAUAUUUAUUUAUUUAUAUCUCUAUAAUAUAUGUAAUAUUAUUGAGUAGAUAUAUUUUAAUUAUUAAAAAUUAGUGUUAAAAUAUUUAUUAUAUGUAAAUGGCGUUUAUAAUAUGUAAAUAUUGUAUAUACUAACUAACUAACUGACUAAGUAAUAUAUAUCUUGUACAAAUGUUAACUAAGAGAUCCUCUGCCACUUUGUAAUUAAUACAGUCCGCUAUUUAUUUUAAUAGCAUAAAUACGUAGAUAUAUUAAAUUUAGGUCCUUUAAAUUAAACAGAAUAAAGUAAGUAAUGAUUUACAAAAUGUA